AUGAUUAGUUUAAUUGAGAAUUUAGAACACAUUAACAACUCAUGUCCUAAUAUAAAUUAUAAUGCAUUUUUACUGUUUAACAGGCAGGAAGUUAUCGAAGAAGAUGAGAACAUUAACAAUGAUGAAAUUGUUGCAUCUCCUCCGAAAAGAAUGAAGAGAAAAAGCAUCGCACCAAAGACAAAAGUGCGAUCAGUGACCAUUGAGAAACAAGAUGAAGAUCCGGUGGAAAAAGACGAUGAAGAAACAGAUGAUGAUAUACUGAUUAGUCAGUUCAGAGUGGCAAGGACACAACCACCAAGAAAAAGAACAAAAAAGCAAGAGAAAAAGGAUGAAAAAGAUGUUGAAAAAAGAGGAAAGGGAGUGGUACAGAAAAAGGCAGCAAAGGCCUUGGGAACAAGAACCCCAACAAGAAGAAGCUUAAGAGUACAAGAAAGUGUAAAAGCUGUUGAAGAAGAGGAGGAAGAGAGAGAGAUUGUAAAGGAAACAAAAAGGAAAGUUGGGAGAAAGCCCCGUAAAACAGUGAAGAAAGAAGAAUCUGACAUCAGUGAAGAAGAUGAAUAAGAUGAUGAAAAUUAUGAGGCGGAUGAAGAAGAAGUAGAAGAAGAAGAAGCGGAAGAGGAGGAAAAGCCAUUCAACAAGAGAAAGAGACAACAAUUAGAGAUUGUGACAAGAGCAGAAAAAAACAAAGGAAAAUUAAGGAAAAUCGAAGAGGAUGAUGAUGAUUAUCUGGAGAUAUUGGAGGUUGAUGAGGAUACAAAGCCGAUUGUUCCAAAGCAAAAGAAAAAGGUGGUGUUGUAUCAGAAGAUUCCCCCAGCGCAAUUGAUAGAACUUAUCAAGAUAAUGCCUGACGAGCACAAGGAAGCUGUCAGGAAAAUUGGAUUUGGGGGAUUUCUGAGUCUGAACAUGGCAAAUCACAAUUCAGCGUUGGCAGAUUACAUAGUGUCAAGCUCAAAUGUAGAUCGACAGUCAAUAGUUCUGCCUGGAAGUGGUAAAAUUUUUGUCACACCUGAAGAUGUUCAUCAGGUGUAUGGUGUACCAUUGGGAGGUGAAGAGAUUGUGGAGCCAGAAAAUGAAGACAUUGAUGAUAAUUAUGUAGAGUUCUUAGAAACAUGGAGGAAAAGUUUCAAACUGAAGAAGGGAAGCCCAACAAACUUGCCACUAAUUUCUAGAAUAAAGGAUGUUGUUCCUAAGUUUUGGUUGAUGACACACACAUAUUGCAAACUUCCUGAUUAUGGUUGCUAAAUGACUUUGAACAGGUAAAUGCCCAAGUUUCUAUUAGGAUAGGAACUUGAAUCAGAUGGUGAAGUUCCUGAUGUACACUUGGAACAGUCACUGGAGUUCCAGAGCUGGAAGUUGUAUUUGUUCCAGUUUGAAGUCACAAGAGGAGCAACACAGUUACAUAUCAAGAGUUCCGAAUAUUCACAAGAACUAUUACAGACUCAUGGCAACGAGUUCCUAUUUAAACAUAAGAGGAACUCAUUAUUGUUCCUGAGCUGGAACAAGUGAAGCUUCAGAGUUGAAUGCCUCACCAAAGGAAAGACAUAUAUGUCUAGGUAGUUUAUCUUGCUUAGAUUAUAUGUAAUAUAUUAAUAUGUUAAGUAGUAUAUAAGGAACUAGAGGAACUUGGAUUACUCGUGUGUUUUUGUCAAAAUAUCAAGCAACACAGUUUUAAGGAAAAUACUUUAAA